AUGCACAUCUCAGCCAAGUCCGUACUUGGCCUCGUCACCUUUGGCUUGCUCUCAGUAGCAAAUGCAUCGGUCGACGAUUCUGAAAGCAUGGUCCCUCGCACGUUCGCCAACGCCGACGGCACAACUUCAACAAUACGCAUGAACCGCAACAUCAGAUUCACCCAGGGAUCAGAAGGCACCCGACCAGUCCGCCUAUCCAAACGGUUUCCCUUCUCUUCCGGCAGAGAUGAGUGGUGUGGAGAGCUGGCCGAGGACCCAUCGACGGACUUUUCAGCUUCCGCGCCUUUGGCAGCAGACUGCCAGGCGCUUGCGAGCUCUCUCAGUAGUCAGAACGGAUUUUGGACUUUGCAGCCUGGGGAUUUCUCUUCCAAUGGAUGGGCUACUGUAGUGAGCUCGGGAACAUGCAGCUUUGCCGUCAGAUAUGCCGACUCUGGCAGUGCGGCUAGCCCCAUGAACGUUGGCACGAACGACAUCCGCUUCUACACGACGAGAUACGGUGUUAUGGCACGGAACGGGAAGCUGGGAUUGCAAGGGACUGUGCAGUGUUACAAUGACCAGAAGAUGUUGUUUGUUACUUGGGGAUUAAUUCACAGCUGA